AUGAUGUUUACGAACAAUUCACGACAGCCGAUGACGAAUAAAACCGCAAAUCCUUCAUCUUGCGAUCAGACGUUAGAAAAGGCAUUCAUAAUCCUUAACUCCGGUACAGGUGCAAUAGUUCUUUUCGGUAAUGCGGUAGUGUUUUUAACGAUAGUAUCUACAUCGCGUCUUCAACAACAGAAGGUGAACUUGUUUCUUGCGUCUUUGGCCGUCACAGACAUGACCAUGGGCGCAUUUGUGGCACCUGGUUAUGCAACAUUUUGCCUAGGUUGUAGGGGGUACACAGUUAGGAAUUACUGUUGGCUUCUUGAAUUCCGGAAAGACGUUAUUCUCUGCUCGAGUAUUACCAAUCUAUUUGCCAUUUCCUUCGAUCGCUACUUAGCAGUCUUUCGACCUCUUCAAUACGAGGACGUUAUGACCAGACGUCGAUGUGUGAAGAUAAUAAUCGCGGUGUGGAGCAUCUCAAUCAGCAUUGCUGUCGUGCGCAUCAUUCUUAAUCUUACAAUAACUGGCUCCGAAAUAACUACAGUCAGCGGGAUAUAUAACAGCAUUCUCAUGGCAGUUGUCCUUGUCAUCCCAUCCACACUGGUUUCGAUUAUUAACAUCAGAAUCAUGAUAGCGAUCAGAGAUCAAGAUCGACAAGUGGCUGCACUGCGAAACCCACAUGAUGUAAGUCAAGCUGAAAACCUUGAAGAAAUUCGCGCGGAAGCGUACCGAAAACGAAAAGGGACCAUUGCUUGCGCCCUCGUGGUUAUAAUAUUUGUGGUGUCGUGGAUUCCACGGAUAUCAUUAAACAUUCAGUACCUGGUCAGCGGAGACACCGACGAAAUUGACGCACUGCUGCAAAAGCUGUCGAUGUUUUUCUUUCUGAUGCAGUCUUCAGUAAAUCCUUUCAUAUACUCGUUUUACAGAGUUGACUUCCGACAAGCCGUCAUCAGAUUACUGAGACUCGGUACUUGA